AUGUCCGCACCAGAAGACUAUCAUGCGACCCUAACUAAGAUCCUUUCCUCCAGAGGUAAUCAAAUUUUUGACAUUCAUUUCCUUCCGGAGGGCUUUGGUGACCUCCUUCAGGAGGGGCAUGAGAUAGGCAUCACCAAGAAAGCGCUUGUACAAUGCUUCAUAAAAGCACGUCAAAUAUUGUCCUCUCUCUCCUCACUAGAGCAACUGCGCCGGAAACCAGAAACUGGUAGCAAUGAAGAACAUGUUUCUCUAGGAGCACCCCGUGAAGACGCCUCGCAACCCCCCCGCAAUUCGAACAUCGACCAAAAGUACUCGCCCCAAACUCUCCUCCUCCAAACCGAAAUCCUCCUCCUUCUCGAUUCCGAACACCUAACUGCCUGCAAUUGGCGGAAGCGCAGACUAUGCGCCUUGAAAGAACAAAAGCAAUCACAAUGCCCCGGCUCUGCAAACCAUUACCCACCCACUCUCCAUACCGAAAUCUCAUUUACGACAACAAUCCUCCGAUCCCCGCUUCACCGUCACACAAAAUCCUCCCGUUCUAUGGUACCACCGGGAAAUGGACUAUGA